UUGAAUUUAUUUUCUCGUUUUGGUGCCAGCCAUUUUGACGUUGAUAAUAGCGAGAAAUGGACCAAUACCUAUUGUGAUCUGAGUGAGUUUGGGAGGUUUGGGAGGGUUGGGAAGCCUCGGGAAGCCUUGGGAAGCCUCGGGAAGCCUUGGGAAGCCUUGGGAAGCCUUGGGAGCCCUUGGGAAGCCUUGGGAAGCCUUGGGAAGCCUUGGGAAGCCUUGGGAAGCCUUGGGAGCCCUUGGGAAGCCUUGGGAAGCCUUGGGAAGCCUUGGUAAGCCUUGGGAAGCCUUGAGAAGGGUUGGGAAGCCUUGGGAAGCCUUGGGAAGCCUUGGGAAGCCUUGGGAAGCCUCGGUAAGCCUCGGGAAGCCUUGGGAAGCCUUGGGAACCCUCGGGAAGCCUUCAAAAAGUGAAUUUUCCGAAUUUUUCACAGAAAAUUUAAAACCUUUGAAAAUUUUCCGAAUCUCAUGGGGUGAUUCAAGUUGAAAAAAAACAUUUUAAAAAUUUUUUUUGAAAAAAAUUUCAAUUCGGCAAAUUUCAAAAAAAAAGUUUUUUUUUUCCUAUUUUUUGACAUUUUUUUGCACACAAAAAUGAAAAAAAAAAUUUUAAAAAAUUUGAAAAAUUUUUUAUUUUUUUUUUCGGCACAGGCCUGUUCUAAAGCCCUCUGAAGCCCUCUGAAGCCCUCUGAAGCCCUCUGAAGCCCUCUAAAGCCCUCUAAAGCCCUCUGAAGCCCUCUGAAGCCCUCUAAAGCCCUUUGAAGCCUUUUAAAGCCCUCUAAAGCCCUCUAAAGCCCUCGAAAGCCCUCGAAAGCCUCCAGAAUCCCCCAAACCCCGUGCCCAACCCCAACCAACUUCCAGACAUCAUAAUCGAGCAAGUUCUCAUCGCCAUCUACGGCUACAUGGACACCGACAUGAUAUCCCUCCUCAACGACCUCAUGUCCAACCCAUCCGAAAUCAAAGACAUGGUCCCCUUCAUCACCGGCCUCCUCAACACAUCCGAACGAGAAGAUCUCAGUUGGGACGUGACUGAUCUCUUCUACUGGAUCGCUUUCGAAGAUCAGCGACUUGAUCUAACUCGAGAUAUCUAUAAGUGGAACGAUGUUGUAUUAGGGAAUUGCUUCACUUUUAAUCACUAUUACAAUAAUAUCACAUAUUUGAUGCGGGAUUCUGGACAACACGGCGGGAUUUUGGCGAAUAUGCGAUGUCGACAGGAUGAGUAUGCGCCCUGGUAUGAUACGGCGGCGAUUAAUGUUUUCAUUCAUUCGAGGGAUGAAUAUGUGUUUUCGGAAUCGGUUCGGUAUAAUGCACCGCCUAAUGCCAAGAGUAAUAUUAAUAUUUAUGAUGUGAGUUUGACCUGGCAGCCUUGGCCUAGGCUUAACUAGGCUUAGUUAGCACUUGGGCUAGUCCUGAACCUCAAUUAGGGUAGCUUAAGAAAGCGUAGGUGGACCUAACCCUAAGAAAAAAAUAAAAUCAAUAUUUAUCAGUUUGACGUGACAGCCUAGGCCUAAGCUUAACUAGACUUAGGCUUACCAAGGUUUAGGCUUACUAAGGCUUAGGCUUAACAAGGCAUAGGCUUUGACUUAGUUAGUCACUUGGGCCACCUCUUAAACUAACCUUAAAUUAAGGUUACUUAAGCAAGCUCUAGUGUGCCUAAGCCUGAGAAAAAAAAGGUCGAGCGCUCUGCGCGAGUGUACACUGAAGCGGCCCGGUUAGCGAUUGGCUUAGUCACUUGGGCUACCCCUGAGCCUAUGUUAAGGUAGCUUAAGCAGGCUUAGGUGGGCCUAAGCCUGAGUUUAACGUGUCAGCCUUGGCCUAGGCUUAGGCUUAGGCUUAGUUAGUCACUUAGGCUACCUUUAAACCUGAGCCUUGAUUAAGGUAGCUUUUAAGAAGGUAGGCCUGAGUCCCCCCGGUACAGUUUUUCACGCUGAAAAAAAUCCCGCUUCCAGUUUUUUCUCAGCGACCCUCUGAAGAGCCCGAAAAUGAGACAAAAAUUGAGAAUUUUUGAAAUUUUUUUUUUUUUUUUUGAGAGCCUGAUUUACCCUGAAAUUAAUUUUUAUUCAAAAAAUUUUUUUGAUUUUUUUAUCCAAAAAAGUUUCCUGGCUGAAAUUUUGUGCUGAAAAUCAUGGAAAUCAUCAUUUUCAGCGAUUUUCAGUCUUUCCACGAGAUUCAGCGCAAAAUUCUGAUCUAGAAAGAUGUUCUUGACCUGAAAUUGAUUGUAGGUCAAAGUUGUUCAUUUUUUCAUCAUUGUCAGAUAUAAAACAUGUUUCUAGAUCAGAAUUUUGUGCUGAAAAUCAUGGAAAUCAUCAUAUUCAGCGAUUUUCAGAUUUUCCACAAGAUUCAGCAUAAAAUUCUGAUCUAGAAAUAUGUUUUUGACCUUAGGUCGAGCGCUCUGCGCGAGUGUAGACCGCAAGAUACCGCGAAGCGGCCGGGUAUCUUCCGCGCAGCGGUACCCCUAAUGAGUGGUGGGCCCAAGGUCCCCCCCCCCAUCUCACCACAAACCCCCCAUCUUCCAGACCUACUACACUCGACUCGGCGGUAAAUACGGUGUCUGUAUCAAAGAAGCCUCCGAAGUCAAAGCCUACUACUACCCGCUCGCCUACACCACCGACGGAUGUCUCCGAACCUGCUACCAAGACAUGAUCUACGCCGCUUGUGAUUGUAUGGACCCCCGUUAUCCGGCCGCCGCCAACGUCACCACAUGUCAACUCGCCAAUCGAACAUGCGUCACCGAGGCUUCGGACGACGCCGGCGAUCCAUCCACGUGGUCAUCGUGCGUGUGUCCGUUGCCGUGCUCGAAUCAACAGUACUCAGUGACGUGGAGCGCGGCGAAUUUUGCGGCCGCACCGCAGUCUUGCGUCGGCGCGGCGAAUCAGACCGCAUGUUUGGAGACGUAUGCGGAUAGCUUGUUGGUGGCGAUUGUGUUGCCGCGAUUGGAUUAUCAGAUUUAUGCGGAGACCGCGAAUAUGGAUGUGGGUUUGGGGAGUCUGAAAAGCCCUGUGGCCAUCUGUGAAGCCCUCUGAGCUAUCUGAAAAGCCCCCUCGGUUAUCUCAAAAGCCCUCUGAGCUAUCUGGCAAGCCCUCUGAGCUAUCUGAAAAGCCCUCUGAGCUAUCUCAAAAGCACUCUGGGUCAUCUAAAAGCCCUGUAGUUAUCUCAAAAGCCCUCUGAGCUAUCUGAAAAGCCCUCUGAGCUAUCUCAAAAGCCCUCUGAGAUAUCUGAAAGCCCUGUAGCUAUCUCAAAAGCCCUGUAGGCUAUCUCAAAAGCCUUCUGAAUGUGAGCUAUCUGAAAAGCCCUCUAGCUAUCUCAAAAGCCCCCUGGAUCAUUAAACGCCCUGUUGUUAUCUCAAAAGCCCUCUGGGUCAUUAAAGAGCCCUGUAGCUAUCCCAAAACCCCUCUGAGCUAUCUUAAAAGCCCUCUGAGCUAUCUGAAAAGCCCCGCAGUUGUCCCAAAAGCCCUGUAGGUAUCUGAAAAGCCCUCUGAGCUAUCUGAAAAGCACCCUGGGUUAUCUCAAAAGCCCUGUAGCCCUCUGAAAAGCCCUCUGGGUUUUUCAUACGCUCUGCAGUUAUCUCAAAAGCCCUGUAGUUAUCUGAAAAGCCCUCUGAGAUAUCUGAAAAGCCCUCUGGAUCAUUUUGAGCCCAUAUUUUUCCAGUUCAACAAAUUCCUCUCACAACUCGGCGGCCAACUCGGCGUUCUCAUGGGCAUCAACCUCGUCUCGUUCAUCGAGCUCGUUUUUCUGGUUUUCGGCCUGUUUGCGGUGUGUUGCAGGAAAUAUUGA